CCUUCCCACAGCUGUCCAUAUGUUCCCUCUUUUCAGAUCCUACUCCCUUUUUUCCAACCACCUGCGAAUUCUUCUUUCCCUUCAAACUCCAUCGGCGCUUUUUGAAGGUUAUUUUGAUGAAAAUUGGUAAUCUAUGGCCUCUCCUAUUACAAUCAUAUGUUUUGAUUACGGAGGAAGUUACAUCAAAGAUGGGGGUGAGAGAAGAUGGAUCUCGGGAGAAGAUGAAAUUCACACUCAAGUGAUGAAGACAGCUGUGGAAGAGAUUACGUAUUCUGAAUUGGUUGAAAGUAUAUGUAGAAAGAUUAAGGCAAAUGGAGUUGGGAUGGUGAAGCUUAGUUACUUUCCAAUGGUAUUGUAUUCGAACAAUCCAUCAUAUAUUUGGUGUGAUGAAGACGUUUUGGGUUAUCUCAUGCAAGUAAAUCAUGAUAAAUGUAGAAGUGUUUUACAUGUGGAGAUCAGCAGCGACAUGGAUGAUACAUAUGGUGGUAUGUCACUUUCAGGAGAUGAUGAUGAAACUGAUGAUAGCUAUGUUGGUCUUUCUGAUGGGACCGAGGAAGAUGACACUGAGCAAGAUGGAACUGAUCAGGAUCAUGAGAUGGAUGGUGUGGUCGCGCUUUACACACCCGAACAACAUGAAGACAUUGAGAUGCAUGAGAAUUUAGAGCAUGGGUAUGAAGGAACAGAAGUAAGAGUGGAAGAAGAAGCUGGAAGAGCGGAAGUUGAAGCUGCAAGAUCAGGAGUUGAAGCUGCAAGAGCAGGAGAUGAAGCUGCAAGAGCAGUAGUUGAAGCCACGACAGCAGUAGAAGAAGAAUGGGAUGAUGGUCUCGAUUUGGUUACGGGUCAAGAAUUCAGAACUAAGGUAGCCAUGCAAGUUCUAAUUCAGAGGGGUGCACAUAAGAAUGUUGAUGGUGAGAAAGACGAAAGCUGGAUGUGGUUUAUGAAUAAGUUGAGGUCAGUGACAUCAGAUGAAGGCGAAUUGGUGUUUCUUUCGGAUAGAAAUGCAAGAUUGAUCAAGUCAAUACGUGAGGUGUUCCCAAUGGCUGCACAUGGGUAUUGUAUCUGGCAUUUGUCUCAAAAUGUCAAAAGACAUGUUUUCAACAACAGAGACGCUUGCGCAAACAAGUUUACAGAGUGUGCACAUGCUUAUACAGUGGCUGAGUUCGAUGAUCUCAAUGAUGCCUUUUCCAGAAGGUAUCCUUCUGCAGCGGCGUAUCUGGAGAAAAGUGUUGAAGUGAGAAAAUGGGCAAGAUCUGAAAUACCAGUCACAAAGAAGCUUGUGCCAACAGUGGAAGAGGAGUUGUCAAAAAGAUGUUUGGAAGCGAGGUGUUUAGAUGUUGUUGAGAUAAACAGCUUCCACCUUGAGUACAAUGUCAAUGGUAGUGACAGAAAGAUUUAUAAGGUUGAUUUGGCAAGAAAAAUGUGCACCUGCAGGUGUUUUGAUAUGGACAAAAUCCCAUGUGUUCAUGCUGCUGCUGCUGCCAAGUUCUUGAGCGUAGGAAGAGAUCUUCAUCUACAAGAGUUUUGUUCAAAAUACUAUUUGGUGGAGUUGUGGGCAUUGGCAUACUGUAGGACGAUUUAUCAUGUUCCUCAUAUGUCUGAAUGGGUCAUACCUGAUGAGAUUCGAGCACUUAAAGUUCUUCCCCCGAUAUAUGAAAAAAAGAAAGGACCCACUCAAAAGCAAAGGUUUCCAUCAGCCGGAGAAUCUCGUGGACGAAGAAGAGGACGCAGAAGGGGAAGAGGCAUGGGCAGGGGAAGGAGAGGAGGACGUUUGUAUGAGUAUUUUGAAUGUGGAAGUACUUCUGCCACCACUGAGUAA